UCUUUUGAAUUCUGAAGGUUCUCCUUUAGCUUUUGUUUCUGAUUCGGAUCGUGAUGCCAGAAUUUAUGCAGCUAUAGUAUCUAAUAUUUGGUGUACUUUUGAAAAAAGCGGAAAAAAUUUAAUGAAAGAUGAUGGUUUAAAGUUUUUGUUAAUAGAGUGUGAGGAAGGAAAUGUUGCUGUCACGACAGUUAGUAAUAUGCUGCUAUGUCUUGUCGCAAAGCCUGAUGUCGAGUUAGGAAUAUUAAAGGCAAAG